GCAGAUCAGAGCUCCACUGUGAACCAACCGGCCGAUCCACGCAGACCGUGGCCACGCGCAGCCCUCGCACCGCCGGCCCCUUUGCCCGCAUUGCCGCAGCUUGGUGCACCCCUUUGCCGCAACACUGCUUGGCCAAAGCACGGGAGGAGCCGCGAUCCACGCCUCGCUGAGACCCAUGCGCUUCUUGGAAGGGCACCCCAACCUUCCCCCAUCCUCCUCCGAGCAGCCUUGCUGAGAUAGCCCUGAGCUCGCCAUGAAGCUGCUGAAGGAGCCCGACUCGUAGAUGUUCCCGGCUGCAGGGAUGGCGCCCGUGGGGACCAAGGCCGCCCCGUCCUGCCGGUGAGGUGCCUACCGCCCCCAGCCCAGCCCGGCCGUGCUGCCCACGAUGAACAAGCUGCCCUUCCACAACAACCGAGUCAUGCAGGACCGCCGCAGCGUGUGCAUCUUCCUCCCCAACGACGACUCCCUCAACAUCAUCAUCAACGUGAAGAUCCUAUGCCACGAGCUCCUCGUGCAGGUGUGUGACCUCCUGAGGCUGAAGGACUGCCACCUCUUUGGGCUCAGCGUCAUCCAGAACAAUGAGCACGUCUACAUGGACCUGGCCCAGAAACUCUACAAGUACUGCCCCAAGGAGUGGAAGAAGGAGGCCAGCAAGGUCAGCGGUGAGGUGUUGCAUGGAGAGAUGACGGCACUAAGGCCACCUCUGUCCCCGGCGCAGGGGAUCGACCAGUUUGGCCCCCCCAUGAUCAUCCACUUCCGAGUGCAGUACUACGUGGAGAACGGUCGGCUGAUCAGCGACCGCACGGCACGGUACUACUACUACUGGCACCUGCGCAAGCAAGUGCUGCACUCACAGUGUGUGCUGCGAGAGGAAGCCUAUUUCCUGCUCACUGCCUUCGCCCUGCAAGCUGACCUAGGAGACUUCAAGCGCAACAAGCACUAUGGGAAGUACUUCGAGCCUGAAGCCUAUUUUCCUGCCUGGGUGGUGGCGAAGCGGGGCCGGGACUACAUCCUGAAGCACAUCCCCAACAUGCACAAGGAUCAGUUUGCCCUGACGGCCUCUGAAGCCCACCUCAAGUACAUCAAGGAGGCCGUGCGGCUGGACGACGUGGCUGUGCACUACUACCGGCUGUACAAGGACAAGAGGGAGGUGGAUGCAUCACUGACACUGGGGCUGACAACGCGGGGCAUUCAGAUCUUCCAGAACCUGGACGAGGAGAAGCAGCUGCUCUAUGACUUCCCCUGGACCAACGUGGGCAAACUGGUGUUUGUGGGCAAGAAGUUUGAGAUCCUUCCUGACGGGCUGCCCUCGGCCAGGAAGCUCAUCUACUACACGGGCUGCCCGCUGCGCUCCCGCCACCUCCUGCAGCUGCUGAGCAGCAGCCACCGGCUGUACAUGAACCUGCAGCCCGUGCUGCGGCAGGUCCGCAGGCUGGAGGAGAACGAGGAGAAGAAGCAGUACCGCGAGUCGUACAUCAGCGACACGCUGGACCUGGACAUGGAUCAGCUGGAGAAGCGCUCGCGGGCCAGCGGGAGCAGCGCCGGCAGCAUCCGGCACAAGCGCCUGUCCCGACACUCCACCACCAGCCACAGCAGCUCCCACACCUCGGGCAUCGAGGCUGACCCCAAACCCCGGGACAUGGGACCCGAGGACGCCGGCGUUCACCGCAAGCUGAAGACCUGCAGCUCCAUGACCAGCCACGGCAGCUCCCACACCUCCGGGGUGGAGAGCGGGGGCAAGGAGCGGCUGGAGGAGGAUCUGCAGGAUGACGAGAUUGAGAUGCUGGUGGAUGACCCGCGGGAGCUGGAGAGAGCGGGCGAGCUGGCGCUGGAGGUGAGCCCCGACAUGUGUGUGUACAUCACCGAGGACAUGCUGCUGUCACGCAAGUUCAACGGGCACUCAGGGCUGAUCGUAAAGGAGCUCAGCUCCUCCACCUCCAGCUCCUCAGAGACGGUGGUGAAGCUCCGUGGGCAGAGCACCGACUCCUUACCGCAGACGGCGUGCAGGAAACCCAAAACGUCCACGGACCGGCACAGCCUGAGCCUGGACGACAUCCGGCUCUACCAGAAGGACUUCCUGCAGCUGGCAGACCUGUGCCAGGACACGGCGCAGAGCUUCACCUUCGGCUGCAGCCACGGCCUGGGCGACGACGGCCUCUACUGCAACGGCUGCCUGGCCCGGCAGUGCCUCAACAUCCAGGAGGGAUUCCCCGCCAAACGGACCAGCAAAUACUUCUCACUGGACCUCACCCACGAUGAAGUCCCUGAGUUCGUCGUCUGAGGGCGCUGGGGACGGCACCGGCUGCUGCCCAGGGGGGUCCGGGCCCCGCCGAGCCCCAGUGCGGCCUACCCCACCCCUCCCCGCCGUGGGGACGGCUGAGCUCAGAGCGGGGCCGGGGGAUGGGAUGGGUCCCUCGGCGUCCUUCUGCCUCUGGAAGUCGACGUGUGUGCAUGAAUCGUCUUAUCUCACCUCGGAGAAGCACGAGGCUCUCGUCCAGCCGAAGCCAAGCCGUGGGUUCCCCAGUGGCAAAGAUGGGGGUUCUCCCCAGCCCGACCCCUGUCUUUGGCAUUGCCACUGCCUGCUGGGAAGAAAAGGCCAGACUGCUGUGUCCAAGCCAAGCCAAAGAGAUGUAAAUACCCCAAAGGCCAGUAUGGGAAGCGAGAAUUAAGCAAUAAGCACCAGGGAUGUCUGUGCAUGGGGGAACGACGCUGGAGCCCGGCUCUGAGCGGUGCUGCUCGGGGGCUUCGUGGAGCUUUGCUGUACAAAAACGAAACCAAAAAUACCCAAAAAAAGGCAAAGGAGAGUGGAGAACGUCAUCUGUAAUCGUGCCACAGUAGUGCUUCCCCAUAUCUAGAAGUCACAUAUAUAAAUGUAUCAAAGCACGUAUGUUUAUAUAUGUCUGGAUCUUACAGACCCAUUUCGUUUUAUCCCCAAACGCCUUUUAUACAAAGGAUACGCCUCUCUCCGACGAAGCAUACAGACAAUCAAUCACUUGUAUUCCAAAGCACUACGGGGAGAAAAGACGGACCUUCCUUCUUGAGGAGAACACGUAUGCAACUGCCCCGGGAGCGCAGCUCUGCCCGGCGUGGCCCCGCAGAGCUCCCCACGCACCCUUCAGCCCCGAUGGGUCCCCGAGCUCUGCCCAGUGGUGGCGAUGUGUGCCCGGGAGGCAGCCGGGGCGUAACGCUGCCGGUACCGCAGGGUGCGAUGCAAUGAUCACAGCACAAUGCCUUUUUCAUUCGUGUUUUUAACGGCCAAAGUUUUACCGUAUUUUGAUAUACCACCUUUUCUUUUUUCUUUUUUUUUUCCUUUUUUUUUUUAACUGGAAAGUUUUCUUUUAUAUAUAUAUAUAUAUAUAUAAAUAUAUAUAUAUUGUUUUAUAAAUAAGCACAACCUUAUUUUUCUAAGGAACGUUGGGGAGGGGAGGGGGGAUCGGUGCCCAAAGAAAGCAGAGCAGAGCUGUGUUCAGCAGCGCCGGUGAUGUGUGUGCCGAGAGGGGGUCCGUGGAGGUCCCUUCCAACCCAAAGCCAUUCAGUGGUUCUGUGAUCCAAGGGAAUCUCCCGCUCUGGUUUUGGGGGUCCUCCUGAAGCACCCCAAAGCCCCAUGGGCAGGGGACGGCUCUGACACCGCAUCUCAGGGUGGGAUGUGGGGUGGGCAGGAGGAUCCCCUGCACUCAUCCCCCCUCUGCGGGGGCAGAGAUGCACAAACCGUUGCUCAGCGCUGCUCAGUGAUGCUGGCAGAUCCCCCAGCCCCAAAGCCAGGCUGUGGGAUACAGAGAUGCUGUUCAUGCUGCACGUGCCCGGGAUGGGACGGGUGUUGGUGGCCUUUGGUACCGCUGGUCCUUCAGCAAUAAGGAGCUGUGUGUCUGUGCAAACUGAAUCGUCCUUUCUGUGAAAGGAUCUUCCUAUCGGGACAGCGUGAGAGCAAGUGGCUGUGCUGCAAAAUUAAAAGCCAAAAAUGACAGCUGAAAGCGUAGGGAACCCCCAGAGCGACGUGGUUUUGUAACAGUGACCUUUGCUGUGUGCCUUGGGCGGUACGGCCAGAAAUGACAAUAAAGUGACUGCUGUUUGCA